CUCUUUACAGUCUACUUUGUCAUGGCUGAAUGACAGCCACUCUGCUGUAAGAAAGAUUAUUGCUCUGAGCAUAAAGAUGUGGCUGAUUCACAAUGAAUCUUCCUGAGCCUUUGGAAACUCCCAUGUCUGUUGACCUCAGAAGAAAGCUGCUCUUUUCUGUGAGUCAGAACUUGAUCUCAAGAAGGAGUUGUGGACUCAUCCCACCACACCCAGUAGUUCCCAUUGAUCCAUGGAACAUAAAAGCCCCCGACUUCACCCCAAAACUGUACAGAUCUUCGGGUUUGCCACAGACCAAGAGCAAAAACAUUCACCUGGUUAAAUCAAACAAUAGUGUGGACGGAAAAUCUUUCAUUUUGGUAAAGAUUAACGAUGUUACUCCUUCAAUAUUGCCUGGACUUGAGCAAAAGGGAUGUAAAGCACGACCAUUUAUCACAUUCUACAAACCACCAGACACACUAGAGUCAAAACUGCUGUUUGUGAGUGCAGGGAUGUAUCCAGCGGGGCUGUACAAAGAUCCAAAACCUCAUAACUUCAGACCUUGUGCCGAGGGAAUGCCGGAAAUUGUGACUUCUUUAGAAAAGGAUUCUGGCUGCUUGAUCCUAAAGUCUCAGUGCCUAAAAGCAGUCAAUGACAGCCAUCCUGACAUGAAUCCUUCUCACAGAGACACAGUGAGCAUAGACACUUUCAAACCAGCAGAGCUUAAAUGGGACCCAAGGCUCAUACUACCAAAGACGCCAUGGCCUCCAAAAUCUGCGUCUUAUACAAGACAUCGCCGCAGAAGAGGAGUAUAUAGUGCCUUAAUGGAGCGAGUUGAAGAAAAGCUGACCAACUCUUGGAGGAAAUGAAUCUGUUUUAAGAAAAAAGAAAGAAUUUUGUG